AUGUUACCUGUGGUGGUUGGAACUGGGAUGCUUUACGGCCUAAACCGCAAUGCAUCGGAUCGACCAGCGCUGCUCGUGGCGUACUACCUCACGGCCUUCUUGUUUGCAGCAAAUCCCCUACUUCUCGUGUGGGUUGUUGGAAAUACGGCCGGAGAGACCAAGAAAUCCGUUACUCUCUCGCUUUACCAGGCCGGUUCGUCUGCUGGAGCCCUUAUCGGCCCGCUUCUAUUUAGCGCAGACCAGAAGCCAGAAUAUCGCCCCGGAAUUGUGGGUGUACUUGGUGUCUUUGUCGCCAUGAUUGUGGUGAUCGUCCUUCAGCUCUUCCUUCUGAUAUACUUGAACAAGCAACAGGUGAAGAAGAGAAUCGCAAACGGGAAGAGUGGCGUUAUUGUUGAUCGGUCUAUGACAACGGAAGUUCAUACAGACGGAAAGACUCAGGACUUGCUGGCCGAGGAGGUGUUGCCCAUGGACUUAACGGACAGGGAAAACGACGAGUUUAUGUAUAUUUACUGA